AUGGCGGACAGGAUGACAGAAUACAAGACAGUCGACACGCAAUGCUACAUGACAGACGACACGCCGUACUACAUGACAGACGACACGCAAUGCUACAUGACAGACGGCACGCCGUACUACAUGACAGACGACACGCCGUACUACAUGACAGACGACACGCCGUACUACAUGACAGACGACACGCAAUGCUACAUGACAGACGACACGCCGUACUACAUGACAGACGACACGCAAUGCUACAUGACAGACGACACGCCGUACUACAUGACAGACGACACGCAAUGCUACAUGACAGACGGCACGCCGUACUACAUGAUGGACGACACGCCGUACUCCAUGACAGACGACAUGCCGUACUACAUGACAGACGAUGCGCCGUUCUACAUGACAGACGACACGCCGUACUACAUGACAGACGACACGCCGUACUACAUGACAGGCGACACGCCGUACUACAUGACAGACGACACGCAAUGCUACAUGACAGACAACACGCCGUACUACAUGACAGACGACACGCAAUGCUACAUGACAGACGACACGCCGUACUACAUGACAGACGACACGCCGUACUACAUGACAGACGACACGCCGUACUACAUGACAGACGACACGCAAUGCUACAUGACAGACGGCACGCCGUACUACAUGACAGACGACACGCCGUACUACAUGACAGACGACACGCCGUACUACAUGACAGACGACACGCAAUGCUACAUGACAGACAACACGCCGUACUACAUGACAGACGACACGCAAUGCUACAUGACAGACGACAUGCCGUACUACAUGACAGACGACACGCCGUACUACAUGACGGACGACACGCCGUACUACAUGAAAGACGACACGCAAUGCUAA